CAAUACUUUAUUGCCUGCUCUUUCAUGAUGAAGGCCAUGGAGGAUCAAGUAGUCCAAGAAGAACCAGGAUACCAGGAUGAUGAGGAAUCCUUUUUCCAGGAUAUUGACCUGCUACAGAAGCAUGGAAUUAACGUAGCAGAUAUUAAGAAACUGAAGUCAGUUGGGAUCUGCACGAUCAAAGGAAUCCAGAUGACCACAAGACGGGCACUGUGCAAUGUAAAAGGGCUUUCGGAGGCCAAAGUGGACAAGAUUAAAGAAGCUGCAAACAAGCUUAUUGAACCAGGCUUCCUGACUGCCUUUGAGUACAGUGAAAAACGGAAGAUGGUAUUUCAUAUUACUACUGGCAGCCAGGAAUUUGAUAAACUUCUGGGUGGUGGGAUUGAAAGUAUGGCAAUCACCGAGGCCUUUGGAGAGUUCCGGACAGGCAAAACCCAACUAUCUCACACCCUUUGUGUGACAGCUCAGCUUCCAGGACCAAACGGCUACACAGGUGGAAAGAUUAUCUUCAUUGAUACUGAAAACACUUUCCGACCAGACCGUCUCCGUGACAUUGCUGAUCGCUUCAAUCUUGACCAUGAUGCAGUGCUGGACAACGUGCUGUACGCACGUGCAUACACUAGUGAACAUCAGACGGAAUUGCUUGACUACGUAGCAGCCAAGUUCCAUGAGGAAGCUGGUAUUUUCAAGCUAUUGAUCAUUGACUCCAUAAUGGCACUUUUCCGUGUGGAUUUCAGUGGUCGUGGGGAGCUGGCUGAACGACAACAGAAACUUGCUCAGAUGCUGUCAAGGCUCCAAAAAAUAUCAGAAGAAUAUAAUGUAGCCGUGUUUGUGACCAACCAGAUGACUGCUGAUCCAGGAGCGACGAUGACCUUUCAGGCAGACCCAAAAAAGCCCAUUGGGGGCCACAUCCUUGCUCAUGCUUCGACUACCAGGAUUAGCUUGAGGAAAGGAAGAGGAGAGCUGCGUAUUGCCAAGAUAUACGACAGCCCUGAGAUGCCUGAAAACGAAGCAACAUUUGCAAUAACUGCUGGAGGGAUUGGGGAUGCCAAAGAAUAGGCAGAAAAAAAUGAUGUAAAUGUACAGCUGAAAACCACAUGGGCAGCUGGGAUGAAGAUCUGUGUGAGGGCACUGACCGGCUGGCUGCACUUCUGUCUUUUGGGAACCAUUUGAGGUCUUUAGGGAGAACAUUGAGAUGAAUUCUGUACAGCUCAGUUUCAUUGAUCUUAAUAAGAUUUGGUUCAGUUAGGGUCUUCGUUUUACAACUGAACUCAGCAGACAAAGAUUUUAGAAAUAAGCUUCUGAAUUGUUCAAAGGCGGCUUUCCUUAUAUUUUGUGAGAAUCAUAGCUGUCCUCUCAUAUGAAAUUGAAAUACACUUUUUUCGUUUCUUUCAAAGAGAGUGGCUAUUUGG